CCGCCGGCUGUGCUGUGGCGGCCGCCGGGGCAGUUGGCGGUCGGGCCGCGCGCCGCCGGGUCGUCACGGGAGGUGCGGGCGGCCCCGAGGCGGGCGGCGCGGGUGUGUGAGCAGCGGCCAUGUCCAUCUUCACCCCCACCAACCAGAUCCGCCUCACCAACGUGGCGGUGGUGCGCAUGAAGCGCGCCGGGAAGCGCUUCGAGAUCGCCUGCUACAAAAACAAAGUGGUGGGCUGGCGGAGCGGCGUGGAAAAAGACCUUGAUGAAGUUCUGCAGACCCACUCAGUGUUCGUAAACGUUUCUAAAGGUCAGGUUGCAAAGAAGGAAGAUCUGAUCAGUGCCUUUGGAACAGAUGACCAGACAGAAAUCUGUAAGCAGAUUUUAACUAAAGGAGAGGUUCAAGUAUCAGAUAAAGAACGGCAUACGCAGCUGGAGCAGAUGUUCAGGGACAUUGCAACUAUCGUAGCUGACAAGUGUGUGAACCCUGAAACAAAGAGACCGUAUACUGUUAUCCUUAUUGAGAGAGCCAUGAAGGACAUCCACUAUUCAGUCAAAACCAAUAAGAGUACAAAACAGCAGGCUUUGGAGGUGAUAAAGCAGUUAAAGGAGAAAAUGCAGAUCGAACGUGCUCACAUGAGACUCCGGUUCCUUCUCCCAGUGAAUGAAGGGAAGAAGCUGAAAGAAAAGCUCAAGCCACUGAUCAAGGUCAUAGAGAGUGAAGACUACGGUCAGCAGUUAGAAAUUGUGUGUCUAAUUGACCCGGGCUGCUUCAGAGAAAUUGAUGAGCUAAUAAAAAAGGAGACAAAAGGCAAAGGUUCUUUGGAAGUACUCAACUUGAAAGAUGUGGAAGAAGGAGAUGAGAAAUUUGAAUAACAUCCAUCAAGCUCUUCAGCUCUAAAACACUAAAGUAUUUUCUUUUCCCACAGUCCUCUUUUCUGUGGUCUGCUAAAUACUUGCUCAAACUGUUGGACAUUUUCCAUCUUUGUGGUAACAUAUAUACAAAAAGACUUUCCUAAUGAGUAUUACACUGUGGGAUUCAUUUAGUUUUAAUGAUAAAGUGGGGUUUUAGGCAAAAACGAAAAAUCCAAGCUGCAGAGGGCAGAGUAACAUGUUGCUACUGUCUCGUGCCUUGUACUUUCCAAUGUGCAAGUUAUCUGAGGCAACUCUUGUGGGUAAAAAGUUAAACUUUGCGCAUUAUAUGUGAUAAGAUAAAUGCGGGAGGGUAUGACAAUAUGACAAAAAGGGAGUGUUUGCUUAAGAAAACAUAAUGUCUUAUAUGUACUUAAUGAAACGUGGCCUAAUACAAAGUUUGGAUGAUGACUUCCUGAUUAUCUGAAAAAUAGUUCUGUGAUGACUGCAGGACUGAAGGAAUAUUCGUUAAAUGUGCUGCCAUAAACUAGAUAAUUCUCGGUAAAGAAUAAAGUCAUUUGUUUCUAAUCCUUAAAGUUUAUAAUAUAUAUUAAUAUAGCUGAAUUAUAUGUAACCAAUAAAACCACUCUUUAUUUUUAUUAAA